UCACACCCGCACCCGCAUCGUAAACUGAACCCUCGGACCAGCGUCCACCGCGGCGUUUGAUGCGUUUCAGUCGGUACGCGGAUGCCGUCGCGAGAGCAUCGUCAUCGUUUGGCGUUCGGUGAAUCGCGUAAGCGCGGUGCGAGUCAGUGCAUAUCAACACAACCGGGCGAGACACAUUUUAAGAUGGCGCCACGGUUUCCGUGGCAACGAUGUCGGCCACCGUGGCUUCUAACGGUGCUUCCGGUGCUGAUGCUGAUGCUGCUACUGGGAGGCACCACCAACAGCUACGGGAUGUCCGUCGAUCAGGAUGCCACUUGCAGCCAUCUGGAUCGCCGCCAAUACAGCACCGACCAGGACCCGUCCGAGUCGAUGAUCGAGGAAGAAUUUCGGGGCCAGGUCACGGUACUGUACAGUGUUGCACCGCCGAAGCCCUUCCUGACGAGGCGUAUCUUCAAGGAACGGGAUCCUAUCUAUUAUAACAAAAUCAACUUCGACGAGCAGAUACAGCUAUUCCACAAUCUCUUCACUCGUUUCGAGAACAACGGUUACCGAAACGUGCAGUUCAUUCUGGGUGCGGCGCCCAGUCGCCAUCCAGACGAAACCGAAUUCGCCGAAUUCGAAGACUUUCUGGACAAUGUGACGAGCGUUGCGGCUGGGUACAACAUUUCCGUCUAUCCGAAUCCGCUGAACGAAAACGGUACCUUCGCCAUGUUUGGCCUGAAGGAGUUCCAGGUGUACGUGGUGGACCGCUGUUCGCGGAUUGCCUACAUUAUCGAACCGCCCUGGAGUCUGAUCCAGUACUCGUAUGUCAAAGCGGCCGUCCUAUCGACGAUGUACGAUCGACCUUGCGGGGAAUGCGAUGUGGAUAAUUUUCUCAAUGCAUCGCUACCGGAGAAGAAGCACAAUCAACUGGGUUUGCUGCCGGCAUUGAACGUGACCGAGACUGCGAGUAGCUCAUCCAUUGCGCCAUCGAGUUUGAACAUAACGGAAAGUGUAACAACUGCAACAAGUACGACGACGGUUACGCCUACGACAACGAUUGUGUCUACAACACCGAUGGCAUCCUAUGUCUCUCCUUAUGAUGAAUCCACGGAAAGCGAGGAGGCAUCGGUGGAGGAAUACUCCGAAGUGGUGACAACAACAGAUGAACCGCCUAUGGCGCUUCAGUCGUCGAAUAUCAGUGAGAUCAAUGUAACCGACAGCGCUGAAGACUACCCGUUUGCUAAUUUCAAUCCAUCGGGUCCAGAGCUUGUUCUUCCGUUGAAAAUCAUAAUCCCUGCGAUCCACAUUCAUUACGAUAAACCCAAAGAGAACAACACUUACAGCAAAUACUCGUACGUAGUAUUUCAAAGUGACAAUCCUUCGGUGCAUCAGCAUGGUGGAAAUCUCGAGUCAACCGAAGAGAAUUCGCUGCGCGAAAUCUCCUUGGAGCAUGGAUAUAGCGUAAAUGACACUUUACGGGUGAUCGGCAUCGACUGGCCUAUGGGGCAACUACACGAAAUACUUAACGCUACGUCGAUAUUUUACGACGAUCGCACAACGCAGGUGUACCACAAAGUGGCCCGGUACAAUGCCUCCGGGUUUGACGAACUCGAAGAAAUCUCGGUCAGCAGUCAGUACGCUUCCUGGAAGCGCCGGGAGGCCGAUCGUGCCGAACAGGCCAAAACCGAGAAGCGACACUUCAUCCGCAAACACUACGAACGGCUGAUACAGUGGCUCAGCUGGCAAUUCGACAAGUCUUGAUGGUUGGUAAGCUUUUUUUUGUGGGAGUUCGAAGCGGCGAACUAGACAAACACAACUUAAUCCUAGUGCUAUACUUUUAGAUGUCUUUACUAUAUUGCAACAAACUAGAGAUAUAUGAUAGGAAAAUAAACAAUACAACCUGUGUUAAUCGAAGUCGA